GUAACUGUAGCGGGAAUAUAAAAAACAGCAAUAUGGGCCGACCAAUGCCAGGAGCAAAGGAGAUAAUGGAACCAGCUUUCCAACAGGGGAUACUUGGCUGUUUCGGGAAUAUGGGCGUAUGCGUCAUCUCAUUCUUCCUUCCCUGUAUCCAGGCAGGGAGGAACGCAGAGGCGGUUGGGGACAAUUUCAUCCUAACUUGCGUCGGGAUUUUCAUUCCACUCGUAAAUUUGUACUUUCUCUCUGAGAACAGAGCUAAGAUUCGACAUAUGCAAAGCAUCCGAGGAGACACUGCUUCAGACUGUGCUUAUAUUAUUGUAUGCGGACCCUGUUCGUUAUCCCAGCUUGCUGCUGAAUGUGACUAUAUAAGGAAUAACCCAAAACCAAUCGCGGUCGAAAGGGAAUAGAUCUAAAGACAUCUUUGCACAAUCCGAACAAACUAUUAACGCAACCGUUGAGGAUUCGGACACAAAGGUUAUGGCUAAUGGACAGACAGGGACUGCUUAGCUCUUCAGGAUGUUUCACGUGAUAAUUCCCAAUAUAACCUAGAUCUGCAAAUAGAACCGUCUGGGACGUAAACUCACAAAAAUGGAUAUGAAUGAC